AUGGUGCAAAAGAAGAUUUCGUCAACCCCGAAGGUGGGGCGGGUGAACCGCUCGAUCGCGUACUCGCAGAAGCAGAAGUACAAGCACGUGGCGAGCCGCAAGGCUCAGCCCACGGCCGAGGCCCCAGCAGCAGAGAACAAGACCAAGCAGUUGCCCAAGGGCGGCUCGCGGACGAUCCCCGCUCGCAAGGCUCUCCGCUUCUACCCGGCUGAGGAUGUCAAGCAGCCCAAGAUCUCUCGCAAGACCAACAAGAAGGCUGGUCUCAGGAAGAGCAUCACCCCUGGUACUGUUCUCAUCCUCCUCGCAGGCCGCUUUGCCGGCAGGCGGGUCGUCUUCUUGAAGCAGCUUGCAAGUGGGCUUCUUCUCGUCACUGGCCCCUUCAAGAUCAACGGCGUCCCCAUCCGCCGUGUGAACGCGGCAUACGUCAUUGCUACUAGCACCAAGAUCGACAUUUCUGGCGUGAAGGUUGACGAGAAGCUUGACGAUGCAUACUUUGCUCGGGAGAAGGCUGCCAAGAGCAAGCCGGAGCAGAGCUUCUUCGCUGACCCUGCGAACAAGGCUGCUCACCCAGAGGCCAAGGUCGCGGACCAGAAGGCGCUUGACAAGGAGGUCAUCGCUGCCGUCAAGAAGGCUGGGCCUACCCACCUCAAGUACCUUGCUGCUACCUUCUCGCUCAGCACUGGUGACCGACCUCACGCCAUGGUCUUCUAA